AUGAAUUCUGAAGGUAUCGAGCAGCGUCCUGCUAAGAAAAGACGAUUUUUCCAAGAUGAAAGCGAGUCCGACUUUCCGCUCAAGUUCACCAACCUCGACGCGUCGACUUCUAUUAGUUCAGGCCUGGCGAAGGCUCCCACACCCGCUGAGGACAAUGCCGCAAACAGACAAGUGGGAAAGGCGACCGAAAUAACCGAUAAUGAGCCUGAUUUUGAUAUUGAGCUUUUCUCCUCCAUCGUUGGAUGCCCGAUUUCUGCCGAUGUUGUUGCUCAGCUGCGUCGCAAGGCAGGAAAUGACAUGGAAAAGGCUGUUAAUGUCUAUCUUGACGGCACUUGGGAAGAAGCUAGCGAUACUAAAAUGCCUGAUGUCUCUCUGCCAUUGAUUGAGAAUACUACUGAAGAAGCUUCUACAAACAAAACUUCAGCUCCAGAAAAUGCCACAUAUGUGACAGCUUCUCAAGACGAGAACGAAUGUGGCCCCUUGCUUUCGGAUAACCCUGAGUAUCGAUAUCUGGGUGCCUUUGGUGUUGGUGGAUGGGCAACCAGGUCAAGUACAAGCUCACUCAAGUUUGGGGAAGAAGUCAAAAUUCAGCGCACGAAAACUCAGCCUCAGCCAAAAGCAGGAAAGACCAAAAGAGCUAUAUCAAAUCCUAAAACGGAUGUUAUAACUAGGUUCACGAACUCCAAUGGUGACGAAAUUGGAAGGCUGCCACAGGAAACUGCAUCUUGGGUAUCAACUUUAAUCGAUCAGAAGAUAUGCAAAUUCACCGCUGUGUGUGUUUUUGCACCGGAGAGAAUCCGCAUAAACGAUACUAUAUACUUGCAACUUCGAUGCUAUGUGCUAAACUCAGCAUUCAAGAAGCGUUUUUCUUCUGGACUGGAGGAUGAUACCCCUCGUCUUUUUGAGCAUGAGGAAACGGCGGAAGAAAAGGCACUUCGUUUACGCCAAGUUGCACUGGUAACUCUCUUUGAUGAGAUCUGCCUCUCACCAACUUCCGGGGAUGAGACCACUGCAAAGCAGAAGAAAAGUGGGCUUCUUCGUGCUGCAGAAAUGGCUGAGCAGGGUACAAAAUCGGGAACAUCGAGCAAGGAUCCGUCGAAGGAUGCUGACGAAGCAUCCGAAAGCGACGAUGGUGAACAGCUUGACCAAGAUCAGCUAGAUACAUUGUAUCAGAAAGCCCAGUGUUUUGAUUUCAAUAUGCCUGAAGCUACUCCAGGUGAAAGUUUCAAUCUGGAAUUACGAAAGUAUCAAAAACAGGCCCUUCAUUGGCUGAUCACCAAGGAGAAAGAUGAAAAAUCAACAAAGCAAAGAUCCAUGCAUCCCCUGUGGGAAGAAUACCCUUGGCCUGUAAAAGAUGUUGAUGAUAAGCCUCUCCCACGCGUACGUGGUAAAGACUUUUUUUACGUUAACCCAUAUUCUGGGGAAUUAAGUCUUGACUUUCCCGUACAGGAACAAAAUUGUUUGGGUGGCAUUCUUGCCGAUGAGAUGGGGCUGGGCAAGACCAUCGAAAUGAUGAGCUUGAUACACUCUCAUAAACCUAACUCUGAAUACUUUAAUGGCAUUACAUUGCCAUCAUCAGGCCACAGUAUUACGUGGCCACACAACUCUCCCGAAGUAUCUUACGCUCCACACACUACCCUUGUUGUUGCCCCCACAUCCCUUUUGUCACAAUGGGAAAGUGAAGCGUCAAAGGCGUCGAAACCGGGAACUAUGAAGACAUUAGUUUAUUAUGGAACAGACAAAUCGGUCAACCUACGAAGUAUUUGUUCUCCCAAAAACCCAUCAGCUCCCAAUGUAAUCAUUACUAGCUAUGGGGUUGUUCGGUCAGAGCAUAGCCAGAUUCUAUCUGGCCGCACAAACUUGGGCGAUAAUGGCCUUUUUUCUGUCGAAUAUUUCCGUGUAAUUCUUGAUGAAGCCCAUUAUAUCAAGAAUCGGGCCUCCAAAACAGCCAAAGCGUGUUAUGAGAUUAAGGCCAAACAUAGAUGGGUCCUAACCGGUACACCUAUCGUGAACCGACUUGAAGACCUUUAUAGCCUCGUGCGAUUCCUCAAAGUGGAACCAUGGUGCAAUUUUUCGUUCUGGAAGACCUUUAUCACUGUUCCAUUUGAAUCGAAAGACUUUGCGCGUGCAUUGAGCGUUGUACAAACUGUUCUUGAACCAUUGGUUCUUCGACGCACAAAAACCAUGAAAACGCCGGAGGGAGAGGCCCUUGUUCCAUUGCCAUCCCGUACCAUUACAGUGGAAGAGAUUGAGCUGUCAGAACAAGAAAGAGAAAUAUAUGAUGUUAUUUUUACUCGAGCCAAACGGACAUUCAACGACAAUGUAGCCGCAGGGACAUUAUUAAAAUCUUAUACAACUAUAUUUGCCCAAAUCCUCCGCUUACGGCAAACAUGCUGCCACCCCAUUCUGACGAGAAACCAAUCCAUCGUUGCGGAAGAGGAAGAUGCUGCUAUUGCUGCCGAUGAAAUGAACAUUUUGAAAGACAACAUGGACCUACAGGAACUCAUUGACAAAUUCGCAAGUUCAAUGCAAGCUUCGGAUGGCGAGGAGCGGGACCCUACCGCUAAUUUCACAACUCACGCACUGAAGCAAAUACAGGCGGAAUCGAGUGGUGAAUGUCCGAUCUGUUCUGAGGAGCCAAUGAUCAAUCCAGCAGUUACUUCAUGCUGGCAUAGCGCCUGUAAAGCUUGCUUGGAGUCCUAUAUCAAGCAUCAGACUGAUAAAGGGGAAGUUCCCCGGUGCUUUUGCUGCCGGGAAAAGCUAAGUUCUCGCGAUAUUUUUGAAGUUGUGAGGCAUGAAUCUCCAGAACAGACUCCCGCAACACAAAAUCCUCCGCCUUUGGACAAUCCCGCUCCUCCCGCAUGCCGAAUAUCCUUACGUCGGAUCAAUCCCCUGUCCCCCUCUGCCAAAACUUCUGCGAAGAUCCAUGCUCUUAUCACCCAUCUUACACGUCUUCCCAGAGGCACCAAGGCUGUGGUAUUUUCUCAGUUUACCUCCUUUUUGGACUUAAUAUCCCCGCAGCUGACUACCGCCGGUAUUGCUCAUCUUCGCUUUGACGGCACGAUGAGUCAAAAGGCUCGUGCCACGGUUCUUGCCCAGUUCAAUGCCCCUAUAAUUGACGAAGAGGACAUUGAUGAUGAUGAUGAUAUUGCACAUUCCCCGGACCCUUUUAAGGAAUACCGAAAUAGGCGCAGGAAGGACAAAGGUUCCCCUCCGAGUGUGCUUUUGAUCAGCUUGAGAGCUGGUGGUGUCGGAUUGAAUCUGACAGUUGCAAACCACGUGUUCAUGAUGGAUCCCUGGUGGAGCUUCGCCGUGGAAGCUCAGGCCAUUGAUCGUGUGCAUCGUAUGGGCCAACUACGGGAUGUGAAGGUGUCCAGGUUCGUGGUGAAAAACAGCAUUGAAGGAAGGAUUCUCAAAAUUCAGGAGAGAAAGAUGAUGAUUGCCGGCUCCCUUGGUUUGCGGGUCGGCGGUGACGGCAGCGACGAAGAUAAAAGAGAGCAGCGCAUCGAGGAGUUGAAACUCUUGUUUGAAUAG